CAGAGGCCAUGGGCAGAAUGCAGAAGCCGUAGCGCAUGCGCAAUUGCGAAAGUCCAGUAGAGCCAUAUGGCUUCUGCAUUCUGCCCAUGGCUUAUGGAUUUUUAAUCUACAUAAAAAUCCAUAAGCCAUAUUCCAUGGCAUAACAAACACAGAAGCGUGCGUGAUUGUACCACUGUUGAUUACCUGCAACUCAAAAGAAUAGGAUAUACAUUUUAACAGACAGAUACAACUUUGAAUCCUGGGCAGUGUAACAUUUUAAGAUUGAAUUUCGAAUCAUAAUGAAUUUUUAUUAUAGGAAUGGAUGACUCUGAUUUAUUGUUAAUUUCCUCGGUUUAUCUGGGAGCAAUUUUGGUAAAUCGCCGAAGAGAGAGAAUACGUCGGCGGCGCAGACGUUUGUGGGUCCGACCAAUUAACAUGCGCAGACGGCAGCAGGGUGCUUUCCACAAUCUCUUUCAAGAGUUGAAAACUGAUCCGCAGAUGUUCUGGAAAUAUGCUCGUAUGACACUUCCAUCAUUCCAGAACUUAUUGGAUAUUGCAAAUCCAAGUUUGUUAAAAAGAAGUCCACGUGCUAUUAAUCCUGAACAACGACUCGCUUUGACGCUACGAUUUUUAAGUGGAGACAAAGUUCCUGCCAUAGCGUUUGCUUAUCGUGUUGGUCUGUCAACAGUGCAUAAGAUAAUCAAAGAGACCAGCGACGCAUUGGGGAGAGUUCUUGGCCACAGAUAUCUUCAAGCGCCUUCGAAAGAAGAAUAUUUACAAAUUGCUGAAGGCUUUUGGCAACUAUGGAAUUUUCCACAUUGCUUGGGGGCGAUCGAUGGUAAACAUGUCGAUGUACAAUGUCCGCCCAACUCUGGCACUCUGUACUUCAAUUAUCACAAGAGAUACAGCGUAGUACUGAUGGCUGUAUGUGAUCAUAAUUACAAAUUCACACUAGUUGAUAUCGGCUCCGCUGGUAAGAACAGUGAUGGUGGAAUUUUCGCAAUUAGCGACUUGAAUCCUGAAAACCGGCAGCUAAAUAUCCCUGAAGGAGCCAGCAAAUUGAGCGGAAGCGACAUUCAAAUGCCUUAUUUUUUCAUCGGAGACGAAGCAUUUCCUAUCGGUAAACAUUUGAUGAGGCCUUUCACAGGAAAUUAUCUUGGCGAACGUAAAAAUAUCUUCAAUUAUCGACUGUCUCGAGCACGGUGUAUAAUAGAAAAUUCGUUUGGGAUCUUAGCUAAAAAAUGGGCAAUUUACAAUCGACCCAUUGUUGCGAUUCCAGAAAAUAUAAAUAAAUAUAUUUUAACAACUGUGUGUUUACACAAUUACAUCCGCCACCAAGAAGGUGACAAUAUUCAGUUUCAAAACAACGAUGAAGUUAUCGAGAAUAUCGAAAAUGGGAUUGCAUAUGCAGUAAACGUAAGAGAAACUUUGAGCAAUUAUUUCUUAACACCACCGGGAAUGGUAAAUUGGCAGUACGAUUAUGUGACUAAGGGGCAAAAUCUAGACUAAAAAAAUUAAUCGACGUACGACUCACUUGUAUAUUAUAUUGUAAUAUUUAUUGCUGGUCCCGUUUCACUAAUAAUAUAUACCAUCAACAAUAACAUAUUAUGCGAUACUUAAUCUUAUUAAAAGGAUUAUUCUUA